AGUAAACUCAACAGGUGUUCGUCAGCGCAGCUCAUCGCCAUUUAUUGUGGCCCGUCUCGGUGGUGAUGGGGCGAGACCAACAUCUAUGCCGGGCAACUGUGCUGAUAGUACCACUAUGUCGUCCGUACUCGAAGAACUGUCCGUCUCCGACAACGAGACGGCGUCGGAAACGCCUGUCACAGCCGAAGAUCUGUUCGGUCCACAUUACGCCAAGACGCUACGCAUUGCGCUCAUCAGCGUCAUGCUCGUGCUAUCGCUUCUUGGCAACUCUAUCGUCUGUCACCGGCUGCUGACAUCGCGGCGGCACAGAAUGUUCAAGGCGCAGAUGCUUUUCCUGAACCUAGCCCUCGCCGACCUUCUCGUCACUCUAGUCACCAUGAGUUCCCAACUGGUGUGGGAGGUCGUGGGCCGCGUCUGGGUCGCCGGAGACGCCGCCUGCCGGUUGUUCAAGGUGCUCCAGACAUUCGCGCUCGUCUCCUCCACGUACAUGCUGGUCGGCAUCGCGGUGGACCGCCACUACGCCAUCUGCAAGCCGCUGGCGCCGGCGCCAAAACCUCGAUCGCUGGUCGCAGUCUGCUGGCUGCUGUCUCUCGUUCCGUCCCUUCCGAAUGCGUUCAUGUUCCGGCUCGUCGUUAUACGGGACGAGUGCUACUGUGCCUCCGUCUUCUACAUCUACCAGGACUCCGUGGUUCCGCGUCAGGCCUACAUGGCCUUUGUCUUCACGCUGGUGUUCAUAUUUCCACUGGUGGCUCUGGUGACGCUGUACUCGUGCAUCUUGUACAGAAUGUGGAAGAUAAGCAGCAUCGCCUCUAACCGGCAGCGAGGUGACGCUGCCGCUGCGUCGUGCGGCGGUUGUGCCGAGGGCAGCAGUACUACUCUUCCCAAGGCGCGCCUGCGAACUCUCAAGAUGGCGGCGAUCAUAUUUGUCGCGUUUCUUGUGACCAACCUUCCCUACAUGGUGCAGGAAAUGUUGCUGGCCUUCGCGCAGAACGUAUCGCUCGGACCUCACAUAGUCGCCGUGUUUGGCGUCAUCUCAGCCUCAAACAGCGCCGUCAACCCGUACGUCUUUCUGGCCUUCAACGGCGGCGCUGCCGCCUUCGGCUGUGACGCCCACGUGCGCGUCCUGUGGCGCCGCCUGGCGUGCUCUUCGGGCUCGAGACGAACCACUGCCACUUUUCGCACCGCCUGGUCGACAUUGCAGACUCGCAACAGGAGACGCUCGCCGACGGUCAAAAUGUUUCCUUCACCCGACAACUACCAGUGCGGCGAAGCACAGCAAAAGGGCCUGGAAAUAGACAGAAUGGCACCACUGGGAGAAUGCCUUUAGCUGCUUGCUCGUAGCACGUGUCUCGUCUCUUUUUUUCUUUCUUAGUAUGAGGGAGACGAGGAAGUGAAUAAUUUGUGUAGCGAACUUAAUAUCAUC